AUGCAAAGCUUGGCCAAACUAGAAAAGAUCUUUGACUCAGGUAGAUGGAAUGGCCAGGAACCAGUGUGCUGUGUCUUUAAGCACACUAGCCCUGUGGACAGUGUUCUUGCUACUCAGACCGCACCAGCCAAUCAGGCCCUUCAGGUGACCUGCCAGUCAGAAACAGUGCAAGGCUCUUCCGGCCACCGCCUGCAGACUCAGCUUUGUGGAGGAGCUUGUGCCAGUUGUUUCCUGUGCUGUGGUGAAGUUGCUGCUGCAGGGAGAGGACGAUCUGAGAGCUUUGGCGAUCUGGGGAACCACAAAAUGGUGAGCGAGGGAAUGCUUUCUCCAGAUGGGGAGGAGCAGAGGAAGGCAGUGACCUAUGAUGAUGUGCAUAUCAACUUCACUUGGGAAGAGUGGAAUUUGCUGGAUCCUUCCCAGAAGAAUCUGUACAAAGAUGUGAUGCUGGAGACCUACAGGAACCUCACUAUUAUAGGAUACAUUUGGGAAGAACAUAAUAGUAAAAAACAUUGUCAACUUUCUAGAAGACAUGAAAGGCAUAAAAGAACACAUACUGGAGAGGAACCCUAUGAAUGUAAUCAGUGUGGUAAGGCCUUUGCUCGACACAGUCAUCUUCAAAUACAUGAAAGAACACAUACUGGAGAGAAACCCUUUGAAUGUAAUGACUGUGGUAAGGCCUUUGAUCAACACAGUCAUCUUCAAAAGCAUAAGAGAACACAUACUGGAGAGAAACCCUAUGAAUGUAAUCAGUGUGGUAAGGCCUUUGUUCAACACAGUAAUCUUCAUAUACAUGAAAGAACACAUACUGGAGAGAAACCCUUUGAAUGUAAUCAAUGUGGUAAGGCAUUUGGACAUCCCCGUACUCUUCAAUUGCAUAAAAGAACACAUACUGGAGAGAAACCCUAUGCAUGUAGUCAGUGUGGUAAGGCCUUUGCUCGACACAGUCAUCUUCAAAAGCACAAAAGAACACAUACUGGAGAGAAACCCUAUGAAUGUAAUCAGUGUGGUAAGGCCUUUGCAUAUCACAGUGAUCUUCAAAGGCAUAAAAGAACACAUACUGGAGAGAAACCCUAUGAAUGUAAUCAGUGUGGUAAGGCCUUUGCUCGAAAUACUCAUCUUCAAAUACAUGAAAGAACACAUACUGGAGAGAAACCCUUUGAAUUGUCCCAAGCUGUAUUUUGUUCUGGAGAAAUCAAAGAUGAAUCCAACAAAGUCAUUGAAGUCAUAAAGCUGAAAAUCCAGGACCAAGCCAAGGUGGACAAGACAAAUACAGUUGAUUUCUGCUGCUGUGAAUCGCAGUGA